UGUGUAGUAUUAGAAUAUGCAUAAAUAAAAUAAACUUGUUUAAUAUCACAAACAAAUCUGCUCUUUACCAUAAUAUAAAUACAGGAAGAGCUCUGAUUAUUUCGUCACUCCGUCACUGAUUAUAAACAAGAUGAACAAAUACAGGAAGCAGAUGGCAGAGCAGUUCCUGAGUCAGGCCCUGGGCAUCAUCUGCCUGCUAACCGGAGAGGAAUAUGUCAUUAUGAAGAAGAGGCCCUCCCACAGCAGCAUUCACCUGCAGAGCAGCGGAGAGGUGCCUAUAAAGUGUGAUGAUGUUGCCGUGUAUUUCUCUAUGGAGGAGUGGGAGUAUAUAGAGGGACACAAGGAGCUUUACAAGGACGUCAUGAUGGAGACUCACCAAGUACUAAGGACUAAUGAGAUUCCAGGAAAUGAGAGCUCAGACACAGAAACACAAGGAGAACUUGUACAGAAUAUUCAGCCAGUGGAGAGCCCAUCAGACGUCUCUGCAGGUAACAGAUCUAUGGCUGCUGUUAAUGUUUAUUUACAAAGUGAAAACUCAGAUUCUGAAAUUAUUUAA